AUAAAUUUAAUAAUAGGCAUAUUUACAUAUAUAUACACAGAACGAACGAUCGACAUAUCGCUAAUAAGCAAACGGAUCACAUUACAUGCGAUCAGGAUUCGUAUCUACAUAUUGAUUUUUAUCCUUUUUUCAGCCGAAGGUACAGCUUAGAGGGCUCGUUGGUUUUCUGACAUCACGCAAACAUCACGCAAACAUGGUCAAUCUGACCAAAUUGACUGUGGCCCAGCUCAAAGACGAGCUAACCAAAAGAAGUGUAAGCUACAAAAAAUGCAAGCGGAAAGCAGACUAUAUCCAGACACUUGCAGAGGCCAUAGCACAGGCAAACCAGUCACCCGAGGAAACGAGAAAUGCACAAGAAGCAGCUCAUAGCCCUCCUCAGGGCAUCGCAGUGCCGAACACAGUCGAGGUGGUCAACAAUGACACAGGCAGCCACGUUCCGGAUAAUGUAAAUAACCAGGACGAUAGCCGGAACAAUACCCACCAGCCUACCGACGUAGUGGUAAACGACAAUGUCGCAAAUGUUAACGACAGCAAGGUCAGUGAUGACAGGGGCAUCGCUGAAGGCAACCGCCAAGUGGAUACUAUGGCGGAAGACAGUAGUGUAGAUGAACAGCCACGUGCACGUGCCCCUGUAGACACCAGCGCAACCGAGUCCACAACCAACACAGAGGAGGGCAAGACCCACAAACCAGACACAGAGACCCUAGCAACCAAUCGUCGCGAAAGGACCGCACUUCACGCUCGCGUAGUCCCCGAAGCGCAUCGCCGCCUCGACGCAAUCGCAAUCGGUCUCCACGAGGCAGUAAGUGCUCGCGAAGACGCUCUGGAUCUCGAGGCAGAUCUAGAUCUAGAUCUAGAUCACGGUCGAGGAAUGGGCGCAGAGCAGAUAGACGAGGAUCUAGAUCCAGGUCUAGGUCUAGAAGGAGAUCCAGAUCCAGAUCCCAGAAGGAGAGCAAACGACGAGGCAAGGCCCAUAACACGCACGGACAGUAGCGACAAGAACGCAGCGAAGGCGUCCACGACAACAGAGAUUAGCAAAACCACCGCAGCGGCAGCUGAGAGUUUACGGGAGAAGCUGUUGGCGUCCAAGAUGUCUAAGGACAAGGUAAACGCCGAAGCCAAUGGCAGUGCCAGAACUAGUGCGGGUGCGAAGGAACAGGAGAAGGGGUCCAAGGAGAAAGAGCGUGACAGUGCCAAGCUAGAGGCUGAGAACAAACUCAGAGAGAAGCUCCUGGCCGAACGGGCUGCGAAGGCGUUGCGAGAGAAGUUACUGAAGGGGCGGCAACAACGGGAGAGCAUAGACGAUGUGCGGCAAGAGAGCCUCGACAGUGUGGCCGAGAUGAUCAAUGAGGAAGCAGAGCAGGCGGAGGAGGUCAGGUUGGAGGAGGAACGCAGGCUGGAGAAGGUCAGGGAGGCGGAGAAAAAGGCUCAGGAAAAGGCCGACGAGGAGCAGCGAAUGGCGGACGAGGCCCAGAGAAAGGCCGAUGCAGAACAACGAGAGGCCGAUGAGAAACAAGUAAGGGCUGACGAACAGGAGCGGAGUGCGGACGAGACAAGCAGCGUCGUGGACGAGGAGAUGCGUGAGGAGAAGCGCACGGGCGAGAAGAGGGGCAGGCAUGAUGAUGAAGGCGAUGCUCACGAGAGUGAUAAGAAGGCUAGACGGAACUCUGAUGGAGAUGGGGACGUAGACGAUCGCGAUGAUGAAACUCAUGUGGAGGUUACCCUCAAACUAGGUACUUGUUGUAUCCUAUGCCAGAUAUCAGGAUUUGAGCGCAUAUACCUUCUCUGUGUAUAUACUGGAAUGUUUGAUACACCGUUGUAA